AUGACUGAGCAGCACAAUCAACCAGCCACAGCCACCGACGCCAUUGACCGCGUGUCGGAUCGCAUCAAGCAUGACCACCGCGAGCUUGAGCAGUACUACAACAAUAUCAAAUCCGCAAAUCGUGACGACGACAAGGUAAAAUGGCAGAAUAUGUUCGUCUGGGAGCUAGCCCGACACUCCAUCGCCGAGGAGAUUGUCGUCUACCCCGCCUUUGAGAAGCAUGUUUCCAACGGGCAAAAGAUGGCCGAGAAGGACAGGGCCGAGCACCAGCAGCAGGUCAAGGAGAAACUGUACGAGUUCCAGCAAAUGUCUCCAUCAGACGCAAACUUCGAUCCGGCCAUCGACAGUCUGUGGGAGACGCUGUCGCAGCACAUCACGGAGGAGGAGCGGGAUGAUUUGCCUGAGCUGGAGAAGGCCAUUGACUCGGACAUGUCGGGCUCGCUGGCCCGCUCGUUCCAUCGGACGAAACACUUUGUGCCGACACGCUCUCACCCGUCCGCGCCGGAUCGGCCGCCUUUUGAGACGGCAGCGGGAUUGCUGACCACGCCGCUGGAUAAGCUGAUGGACAUGUUCAGGAAGUUCCCUGAUGAUUCGGAGAAGGGGUCGUCAAAGUAA